CUUGCGUCAUUGUUAUUGUGGUAGCUGGAUUUCCAGCUGCUUAUAGAGAUUUCGCCACCAUUUCACUUAGAUUUCGGCAUCUAAAGCUGCGUAAACGUGUGGAUCCGCAAGUUUCUACCAUUACAAUGUCGCUCCAAAAGGACAUUUCGUCUGACGAGAGUUUGCAAGGUUCCUGGGUUGAGCUGCAUUUCAGUAGCAAUGGCUCUCAAAGUACAAGUCAUCACGGUAGCCAGGAGCAAAUCCCCACGUCCAGCCAGGAGUGUGACGUGGAAAAAAUGCUGCUAGAUGCACAGAACGAGUCGGGCAGAAACAGUUCCAGAGGAAGCUCUCAAUGCAACAGCCCACUCAGAGCACAGACGCCCCUUCUUAUGUGGAGAGGCUCAGAGGGAAACAGCUCACAGUCAGAUGAAGACUUCCAAGAAACAAGACGGGAAGUGGAGAAUCUGAUGAAGAAAAAUGCUGACUGGAUCUGGGACUGGUCUAGUCGACCUGAGAACAAUCCACCAAAGGAGUUCCUGCUGAAGUACCCUAAGCGCUCGACCUCUCUCAGCAUCAGGAACACCAGCGUCAUGAAGAAGGGAGGCAUUCUCUCUGCUGACUUUCUGAAGCUUUUCCUGCCCUCAUUAAUCAUUUCUCACAUACUUGCUGUUGGGUUAGGGAUAUAUAUUGGGAAGCGGCUAACUUCCCACAACACCUACUAAGUAGAAUAGUGAUGUGUUGCAACAACUCGUCACCUUGAUGUGACCGUCUUGGCAUGCCUUAAAAUGGGACCUUAUGAAGAUCAAUGUAGAUGUGGCCAUGUGACAUGGUCCAAUAUGACUGAGAGCCUCAUGUUGCCCACAACAGCAUGGAGAUUGAAGGGUCUGUUAUUGCUUUUUCAUGGGGUGUACCCCUGAACAGAGCAUUGACCAAUCCUCUGCUUCUUGCUGUAGUCCCUGUCCUGCCCUGGAGAUGACUGUUUUGCUGCUUCCUGCUCCUUAAAUCUGCAUGUUAGGGAACUUAUAUAUUGUACAUCAUUUCCUUUUUUCUUUUUGCAGUUAGAAGUCACUUGAGAGUUUAAAUGAUAUACUGUCAAUUGAUUUUUUUUUCUAAAUCAGCAGUGGUUAAAUAGUUUUGAUUUGUAUUUUUUUUUUUUUAAAUUUUUUGUCCAAGGGAUCAUUAGCUUAGUGUUUAUGAGAUAACAUCCGACACUGAUUGCUCAUUUUGUGCAACUGUAAAUUGUAGAAAAGCAUACGUUAGCUUAUUAAGCACAGAUGUGGUCCAUUUUGUUCAUCUUUGCACAAAAAAGCUGGAAACAUACAUAUGGCCUUGUUGAAUUUAUGCACAAGUUAAUAUGUCGGAACACGUAGCUGACUUCCAAAGGAGAGGACCACAUGCAGAUGAACACAAUUAAAAUUUUAUUGAACUUUGGUCAAAAUAAUAAACAAGUGAAUACAUUGCCACCAUGUUAGGAAUCAAUGGACAAAGACAAUGCAUUAUUAUGUGUUUGUUUUAAUGUCAUCAGUAUAUGUUUUGUGUAGUCAACUUUCAUUUCUGCAUUCACAACUACGGAGAUAAGAUCCACAUUUGCAAUAUGCGGUUCAAAUUUGGGUGACAUCCCUAAUAAAUGAAUAAGGGCACAUGUA